AUCUGUACCCUUCAAAAAUGGCCAAGAUCCUCCUCUUUUCCCUUCUCUCUCUUCUUCUUCUGCUUCUCUCUAGAUCAACCACCGUUGCCGCAGCUUGGCCGGUAUCUGACCCACAACCACCAGAAUCUCCUACUCCUGCGACGCCAUGGUCGUGGGACUCAAGUAUCAACGAAGAUGAUUGUGAAGGUUUGGAGACGGAGUGUAGUGCAAGGAGGAUGGCCAUUGCUCACACGGAUUAUAUCUACACACAGGAUAUUAAAGACCCUUGAUGCAUUUUCCUUUUCAAAAUUUCCAUUUGCAAUAUCGUAGAUUGGUCUUUCAAUUUUGUUCUCCUCUGUACAUUUCUCCUCAAAUCUAUAUCGUUAAGGAAAAGAUGAUACAAAUGCACGUCUA